GCUCGAAAUUUUUUUCUCUCUCUUUUCUAUUAUAUUUCUUGAGAUUUGUGUAGUGUGAAAGGUUGCAGCAAAACACCUAAAAUCUCUAUUGUUGAAGAUCUAAUAAAGCUUGUUACGAGUUUGAUAACUGAAUGAGCAUAAAGUGCAGUUGCCAAUGGUGGGUGGGUGUUCAAGGUACCUAUCUGUCCUUCCAUCCCUUGAAGAGCUUGUUAAGUUGUUGAAGCUCUGUGCUGAGGCCAAAUGUUUACCCUUUGGCAAAGCCAUGCAUGCCCAGUUUCUGAUUCGCAACCAAACGUCAAGUCGCUCUCACAUCACUCACCUCAACUCCCUCAUCCAUCUGUAUGUCAAAUGUGGCCAACUGGGUCUUGCCCGAAAUGUGUUUGAUGCAAUGCCCCUUAGAAACGUUGUUUCUUGGAAUGCUUUGAUGGCCGGGUAUCUGCAUAGUGGGGACCAUUUGGAAGUCCUUGUGAUGUUCAAAAACCUGGUUUCAUUGCAAGAUGCAUGCCCAAAUGAGUAUGUGUUCACCACUGCUCUUUCCGCUUGUUCUCAUAGCGGGAGAGUCCAGGAAGGGAUGCAGUGUCAUGGGCUACUGUUAAAGUUUGGGUUGGUAUGUCAUGAAUAUGUGAAGAGUGCACUUGUUCACAUGUACUCAAGGUGCUUUCAUGUAGAGUUAGCAUUACAGGUGUUGGAUACAGUUCCUGGUGGACAUGGCAAUGAUAUAUUUUCUUAUAACUCGGUCUUGAAUGCACUUGUGGUAUCUGGGUGUGGGGAACAGGCUAUGGAACUUUUGAGGAGGAUGGUGGAUGAAUGUGUGGCAUGGGAUCAUGUUACAUAUGUCAGUGUCAUGGGGCUUUGUGCUCAAAUUAGAGAUUUGCAAUUGGGUUUGCGAGUGCAUGCCCGGUUGUUGAGAGAUGGUUUGAUGUUUAAUGAGUUUGUUGGUAGCAUGCUGAUAGACAUGUAUGGAAAAUGUGGUGAGGUUUUGAGUGCAAAGAAAGUUUUUGAUGGCUUGCAAAAAAGGAAUGUGGUUAUGUGGACAGCCCUUAUGACCGCUUACUUGCACAACGGAUACUUUGAAGAGAGUUUGAAUUUGUUCACAUGUAUGGAUCGAGAUGGUACUCCACCCAACGAAUACACUUUUGCAGUUUUGCUUAAUGCAUGUGCAAGUAUAGCAGCACUGAGACAUGGUGAUCUAUUACAUGCUAGGGUUGAGAAGUUAGGCUUUAAGGAUUAUGUCAUUGUCACGAAUGCUUUGAUAAAUAUGUAUUCCAAGAGCGGAAGCAUUGAUUCUUCAUAUAAUGCGUUCUCAGAUAUGAUACAUCGAGAUAUUAUCACUUGGAAUGCUAUGAUAUGUGGGUAUUCCCAUCAUGGGCUUGGUAAACAAGCUUUACAAGUGUUCCAAGACAUGAUGCUUGCUGGAGAAUGUCCAAAUUAUGUAACCUUUAUCGGGGUUCUUUCUGCUUGUGCUCAUUUGGGGCUUCUAAAAGAAGGGUUUUACUAUUUGAAUCAGCUAAUGAAAAAUUUCAAGAUUGAGCCAGGAUUGGAGCAUUACACCUGUAUGAUAGCACUUUUGUGCAGGGUUGGUAUGCUUGAUGACGCCGAGAAAUUCAUGAAGACAACUCAAGUGAAGUGGGAUGUUGUUGCCUGGCGAACUUUGCUAAAUGCGUGCCAUGUUCAUCGUAAUUAUGGUUUGGGAAGACGAAUUGCAGAAUCUGUCUUACAAAUGGAUCCUAGUGAUGUAGGGACAUAUACAUUGCUAUCAAAUAUGUAUGCCAAGGCAAGAAAGUGGGAUGGAGUAGUGACAAUUCGGAAAUUGAUGAGGGAAAGAAGCAUUAAGAAGGAACCUGGAGUAAGUUGGCUGGAAAUAAGAAACAAUAUCCAUGUUUUUCUUUCGGAAGGCAGCAAUCAUCCAGAGUCUGUUCAAAUUUAUAACAAGGUCCAACAAUUGUUGGCAUUGAUUAAACCACUGGGGUAUGUGCCAAAUAUUACCUCUGUGCUGCAUGAUGUGGAAGAUGAACAGAAAGAAGGUUACCUUAGUUAUCACAGUGAGAAGCUGGCCUUAGCAUAUGGCCUCAUGAAAAUACCUUCACCAGCACCCAUCCGUAUAAUAAAGAACCUUCGGAUGUGUGAUGAUUGCCACAUUGCAGUAAAACUAAUAUCAAAGGCCACCAACAGGUUGAUAAUUGUUAGAGACGCUAACCGUUUUCAUCAUUUUCAAGAUGGAUCCUGUACUUGUGCAGACCACUGGUAGCAUUUCCAUAAAUUUUGCAGGCAUAGUUGUUCGAAGUGAAUAUUGUAGGUUCUACACUUUAUUAGCAUAGACUGCAGUGUAAAGAUGUCAAACACAGUCUGAAAAUGUUCAUUCAACAUGGAUAACUUCUGUAUCAAGUUUAAGGAUAUUCCAGUGAAAUGAGAUUCAUGAAAUCGAAUUCCA